AAACAGGUGUGUAAACUAAAAUAUGAGCGGUAAUACCAGGUUUCGAUCACCGUCCUUGACACAGCUGGUAUCAAUUACCAGUGCUCGAUCGAAAUCAGAUUCUUUCAAUAAUAAUAUAGAUGAAUUGACUCAAUUUCUUAAUAAUCUUAAACAGAUCAAAUUUGAUUUAGAGUCUGAAUUAGCAAAUGCUGCAGGGAAAUAUGGAGGCGAUAUCAAACAAUCCAUGGGAUCACCGACAGAUAAUGCUACAGUUCAUAAUAUGACUCUAAAAUUGAAAGAAGUCACCUCUUCAAUAACUCUGUUGGAGAAACGUUUAAAGAUACUUCAACUGAUAGAAGGUACUCUGGUAGAUAACAGUCGUUCAAGAAGUAAUACCACAUCAACCACACGUUCAGGAGAGCAGAAUACUGGUGUAAAGGAGACUAAUAUACACUUACAUGGUGGCCCAAGUAAUACCAAUAAUAUUCACAGCAUUCAAAUUAAUGGUGGGGAAAUACGAAACCCUACUGUAUUUACAAAUUCAUCAACUGCAUUAUCAAACCUUCAAGGAUUAAAUACUUUGAAGACCUCAUUACCAUCUACAACUUCUAUAUUUAAUUCCGGGGCUGGACCUUCAAUUUCUCCCGUUGCAGUACCGCCAGAUCUGGAGUUAUUUGAUGACAUUCUUCCACAUGGAAACCACCAAGGAGAUAAUACUUAUGAGAGUAGUCCCACCUGGUUACUCAGUGAUAUAUUACAAACUCUAAGUAGUGCCAGAGAUCGUGAUGAAUACUUUUUGGUAGCUAGAGGAAAUGACUUGGUAUUAUUAUUGUCACAAUACCCUCAAAUUAAACAGGACCUUGUUGUGAAAACUUUCUUAAACAAGAUCCUAUUUAUGUUAUGCCACCCAGUACUGGAAGUCAGAGCGACCGUCUACCGUAUCGUAAGAUACAUUAUUUCCGAUUAUGAAUCUUUGACAGUUCUAGUACAGUCCAAAAUCUUAAUAUUCAUAAUCAUAUCUAUGGCACGUACAAACUGUCACGUAGAGAAAGAGCAGGCUCUCAAACUUAUACGUGAGUUUCUUAGUGUUCCCAAGGGGGCUAAUAAUUUAUCCAUUGGAGUUGUUAAAAGUAUCAUUGCAGUGAUUGAAAACGAAGAUAUAGAUCCAAAUGUUGAAGAUGAAUCAAAAUUGGCAGAAUUGAAAAAUAUUUGUAUUGAAACAAUGUUAGAGCUCACCUUGCUCAAAACAGAAUUGGUAUUCUUAAGUGGUGGACUUCGUGUACUUUUUACAACAGUACAAGAUGGUCUGAUUGAUUUAGCUGUCAGUAGUAUCCUUUGUGUUAUUCUGAUUCUAGAUUCUCAUGAUACGAGAAGAUUCCUAAGGGAUGGAUACGAUAUGUGCAAUCUAGUAACGAUAUUUUCUGACUCUGAAUAUGGGACUAUUCUGAGUAAAACUAAAGAACAUCGCAGAGGAGCAUCCACUAGUAAACUGAGUACUUUUACAUAUCAAUCGAAACUUCAAAGAAUUGCAUUUUUAAUCUGUUUGUUUCUUAAAUCAUGGAGUGGCCUUAUGAGUUUCGCUCAUGAAGAUUUCCAACCUUGGAAGAUUUUAGUCUCGAGCUUGAAACGACCAGAUGAUAAAGUUCGUGAAAUUGUGUUGGAUAUUUUUUUCGAUUUGUUAAGGCUCAGACCUUUACCGUGGAUAAAGGGAAGCUCAAUCGGCGAUACCAUUAGUAAAGUUACAAAAUUUACCGAAUAUAACUCUGGUAGUUUCGAAUAUUCCAAUCUAGAAGCUGAAAGUUUAGAGUCUUCGAUAUAUCAUCACUAUUUGGGAUUAGUCCUUCACAUUCUAGUUAACAAGUGUGAUAUAAUGUCUACACUUGUUUCUGUUAUAAACAAUAGUGAGAGAGUGACUGUCACUGAAAAAAGUUCCCAAUUACUCCAUCAAAUUUAUAAAUUACUGAACUAUGUACUACCACAGGAAUUUUUGUCUGAUAAACAAAAGCUUUUACCAAUAGACAAAUCAUUUAGAUUAUCCAAUAACAAUAUGACUCAUUUAUAUAUCGAUCCUACAUUUCGGGCACUUGGAGAUGAUAUAUAUGGAAAAGACGGACUGCUGGUUAAUGCCAAUGAUCGAAUGGGUGAUAUAAAGAGGUUCGUAAAUACUAUCGCAAUUGAUUCCCGAUACUAUAUGGAUGAACUGGAAUUGAAAAUGAAAAUCCAUAGCACAAAAGUUCUUACAGUCAAGGAAUAUAACGAAUGGAACUGGCUCAUUCUUUCAGAAAUUAUAGAAGGUCCGAUGAGAAAUCCUAAAAAACUUGAAGAAAUUUGCAAAAAUUUCCCUAAAUUCUUGAAGCAAGUUUUAGCAUUCUACAGACCAUUUAAAUUUAGGUUUUGCAAUCAUGUUGUUCCAAGUACGAAAUCAAAUUCGUCAAAGGUCGCAAGGCAUAAAUAUAUUACAGUUGGUUGUCAAUUAUUUGACGCUCUUUUGAGUACAAGUGAAGGUGUUAAAUAUCUCAGCACAAACAAAAUAUUACCGCAAAUUUCUGAAACAUUUGCACAAGUAGACCCCUUCAGUGGUAUACUGGCCAAGGAACCCAUUUUAUCAAGAAGAAGAUUAAGGAAAACUUUAAGUUAUGGUUACAUUGACUUUAUUGCAACCUUCUCAAAGACUUUACAAGGAUUGAAAUUACUUCAACAAUGGCAAUUUUAUAAUCUCUUUCAUCAUUUAAUUGAAGGAUCGAAUAAUAGUAACUCUUACCUUGUUGUACUAUUGUUGAGUAAGUUGGAUUUUACAUUUGAUAGUCCCAUGAGAAUUGUUCUUUCCAAAGCGAUAUCGGUAUGCUCCCUUGAUAUAAAGUUACACAUUAUGAAUAAGGUAGUUCCCAAAUUGAUGAAAAUUACAGAAUGUGAAAGAUGGGUAAUAUCAUUAUUACUGCAACGUCUAUAUGAUAACAACAAGGAAGUAUCCUCGAUUGCUAUGAAGCAUAUUUUCAACUUCUGUUCUGAAGAUGAAUCCAAUUUGAUUUUCUUCAUAUCUUUACACCCAUCAGUUAACAUUUUAAAUAAAUUGAACAAGGGUAAAAAUUUAUUAAUGAAAUUCCUUUCAACGUCAAUUGGCUUCAAAUACUUGGAUGAUCUCGGAUAUGUCACUAGAGAGUUCACAGAAUGGGUUCAAUUCAAGAAUAGUAGAUAUUCCAUCGAAGUGGGCCAUAAAUUAGAAGAAGUUUUGUUUCCAUAUGUGGUGCGGGAUUCCAAAAUGAGAAUUGAUACCAUGCCAGUUCAUUUCUUUUCGAAUCUACUCCAAACUGAAGAAGGAAUGCUGUUCUUUCAAAAAGAAACGAACAAACGCUACCUUGAAAAUCUUAUCAAUGAAACUCAUAUUCUUGCAAGACAAAUUGAUGAUAGAUAUGACGGGAGGUAUAGUCCAGUGGAUGAAGAAGACAAAGUUCAGCUAUUAGGGGUGCUUGGAAAAUUGAAAGAAAACCUUUGGAUUAUUGGAAACAUUGCAAGCUCCAAGUACGGUAUUCAGUUAUUGGAUACGGAAUAUGGACAUGUAUUAUCCACACCGAUUGUGCCUCUUAUGAUUCAUUUGGUUCAAAACUGUCCCUUCUGGCAUAUUCGUGGGGUUGCAUUGUAUCAAUUAGGUAUGGUUGCUUCCACAGUUGAAGGAACUGAAAUACUUGAUGAGCUAUCCUGGAUUCUGGUUUUUGAUUCUUUCAACAGACCUAGAAGCUUAUGUUACCCAGCGCAUAACACAGAUAAAGGGACGUCAUGCAAUACCGUAUUCAAUGUUCAAAUAACCAACCCUUAUGAAGACGGUAAUUACUUCACAUUGUUUGGACAAAGUGAUGAUACUAUCAUUGAAGAAUUACUGGAUAUCACAGCCGAACGUGAGGAUAGUAUUACAUCAUAUUGGAAUGAGGAGGAUAUUGAACGAUAUCAAAAUCGAGUGUUAACAUUAAUAAACCACUUGAGUGCUGUUUUGAGUAAAAUCGAACGUAAAGCUAGCAAGGAAUUACUCUACUUGAAGAAAAAUAUUCCUGAUCUAUUUGCAAGACCAGUUUUAUUUUCGAAAGUUGUUAAAUUAAUCGAUAAGGGAAGGUACAAAUUGAGAGUACGGAGGUUUGUGUUCAGUUUGUUCUUAGAUACCCGAAUUCUUGAAACUUUAGUGAAAAAGGAUAAGAAACAAAUAAUUCGAUAGAUAUGUAUAUAAUGAGAGAAAUGAAUAAAUAUAUCCAAAUAUUAGAAUAUUAUUAUUAGAAAGAAUUUAGUGUAUAUUUUAUAUAGUUUAAAUUUAAUUAUAUU